UGGGACGAUCCAUCUCCUCUCCUCUCCUUGCGAAGCGAGCGCUAUGCUUCAUUUCUGUUUCUUCUCUUCCAACACCUAUUCAUGGUCCUCAUCCUCGGCUACAACCAGCUUCCAAGAAAAGCACUCUUAGUUAGUUGGUAACAAGCAAAACGGCUCCAGAAAUGGCGGGCUCCCUUGCAAGCAAGUUCCUGGCUACCGUCGCCCUAUGUGCCGCUGCCAUUGCUGCGCCCACCGGCGGCGAUCAGAUCGUCUUCGAGACCGAUGCCGAUCUGACUCGUGUUCAUGAAGAACUAUUCAACGCCCAGGUCAUCCCUACCGUCUUGGAGGAGUUCCAGCCCAUCCUAGGUCUCUCGGCCGAGUGGUCCUCUGCCGAUGUAGCUGAUCUCGGCAAUACUCUAAAGCCGGCGAAUCUCCAGUCUGCACCAUCUGUUUCCCUUGUCAAGGGCUCGUCAAUGUCCAGAAGCUUCAUCACCACGACCUACGUCCUAACGCUGACUGACCCGGACGCACCGACGCGUGACAACCCCAUCUGGUCCGAGUUCUGUCACUGGAUUGCGACGAGCAGCUCCCCCACCAUCUCUGUAGGCAUCGACCCGGAGCACUUGAACGACGUUGUUGAGUACAAGCCGCCCGGGCCGCCGCCCAAGACAGGCAAGCACCGUUACGUCUUCACUGCGUGGGUUCCCGCCAACGGGACCAAGGAGAAGCUGCAUUUGUCAAAGCCCGAGGAGCGCAAGCACUGGGGAGGCGAGGAAGGGCGCGGCGUGCAGAAGUGGGCGAAGGAGAACGGUCUCGUCGCAGUUGGUGCAAACUUCAUCUACGCCCAGAACGAGAAGUAGUGACUCAAGUGGCCAAAACACACAAUUUCUUUUGUCGGUUGUAUCAACACAGGAAAAGCAGUAGGGUCAACGCAAAACAUGGAGAUCAACCGAUGAUGAUUGAUUAUUGUUACUCAAUGGUCACCUAGCCCAGUGUCCCUCAAGCUUGGGAGGCAAUGCGAUAAUAAUAUGAAAACCAAGAGAAGUAUGCAUGUAAUUAGCGAACCGCAAUGCUGUUAAAGGUUCCCUCCUUCCUCUUCCCACCUCAUCUUUUGCCUGCGUUUCGUCC